AUGAAUUAAUAAAACAACUCAGAAGAAAAGUAGGAAAUAAUUUCAGAUAGCAGUCCUGGUUUUUAAAUCUAAUAAAGUGAACAAAAGAACUAGGGCAAGAAAUACUUUACAACGAAAUGUAAAUGGAUUUCUUUAAGUGUAUCUUUCUUUGUGUUAUCUGGUAUUGGGAUAUUUUUAGGAAUAUAUCUAAGUUAAAACAAAAGUUCGGCCCCAACGCUCAAAAAAUUCCAAAGAGAUGAGUUCUCAUAAGUGGAUGAAAUUUGUAUAUCACAUCAAUCUAACGGAUUUUAUAAUUGUACUUAAAUUUCAAUGAAAACCAAAAGAGUUGUCUAUGAUGUAAAUCAAAAAAAUUCCUCAAGUUUGUUGAUUCUUACGGGUUUGAAAGUCUAAACAUUUUAAUAAAAUUCUGAAGGAACUAGAUAAUAUGAAGAGAUGAUUGAUUAAAAUACAGAAAUAGAAUAAAAAAUUAAGAAACUCUUAAGGAUAUUACAAGCAACAUCAUCAACUGGAGGUCAAAAUUUAUGUGAAGGAAUUUCAACAGCUGAAUGUGGAAAUGUAAAUGAGGUACCAUUAAUCACAGUAGUUACUGACUAAUAAACUGGAUCUAUAUAAUAAAUUGGGGUACCAUAUGAAGUUCCAAAUGAACUGCUUUAACCUUUAGUUUCGAAUGUGAUACACAUAGCUCCUACUGUAGACCCAGCUGAUAGUAUUGGAACUGAUGGAAAAAGAUUAUUAAAGGAAGAUUAUACAAAUGCAUAUUUUGUUGGUUAGGAAGUAUUUAUUCCGAAGAUAAGUAUUACAACAUCAUGGCUUGGCAAUACUAAAAUUACUAAAAAAGUAACAAAAUCAGAUAAAAUAGAUGGUAGUAAUAUGUUUGAAUAAUCUUAAGAGACCAGUUUAGAUAAUAAUAAUUAUUUAUAAUUUUGUAUCAUCUGA